AUGAUUGAAGUUGCGCUUACAGACACAGUUACCAUAUUUCAUGAUUUUUUGUCCUUAAGAAAACAGCUGCUCUGCUCGUCCACUAAAAUUCGUCUUGCAUCUCUGCAAGCCAUAGAACUUAGACUCAAGGAGCUCGAAAAAAUUGAUCCAGAUGUCUCAACCCCUCUACUUGAUCUUCUCUUCAGUACAUAUCACUCUUACCAUGAACGAAACUCCCGCAGGUCUGUAGAACGAUGCAUUCGAUUAAUCUUCAGAUCAACAACAUCUCCUGAAACAUUGGCUUCAUUCGUCAGAAAAAUCGGGGAUGAGUCAUCAAAGCAUGGAAUUGGGCAGACAGAUGCUCUGAUCUUGGUCAAAUGGUGCAGCGCGAUACUUCAGGAAAUUUCCGAUUUAACAACAUGGCAAAUCUGGGGCUACGCGAUAUUAGAAUGUAAUGCACGAGCUCUCGAAUCAUGUGUUGCGACCGAACACAGACCCCAGGUCAAGAAAUCAGCCUACAACAGCACUCGGCGUGGUCUCAAAGGAGUUUUGUCCAAAGAUCCCUCAGGAAGUAGAAUGUGUGAGGUCAUAGCAGAAUUCUGUUCUAAGUCAUCACCCGUAUAUGCAGUAAUGCUCGGGAUGAUCGCUGGAGUUUGCGCAGACAAUCUAAAGGAAAGCAAGCAACUUGAGACGAUGAAGCCAGAGUUCUAUGCAUUCUACCUUCGUGAAAUUAUUGGUUCUAAAACGAAAUUACCAUCUCAUCAAGCUGCUGCAAUGGCAGAUUAUUUUUCAAAUUUUGCACAAGAGGACGAAAUUCAAAAUAUAGUUGCACCCGCGCUUGAAAGGGCCAUUCUUCGUGCUCCAGAGGUUGUUCUUAACGAUUUAAUUCGGCCACUUGUUAUUUCGCUUCCCUCAUCUAUAGAUCUUUCUAACACCCUCCAAAAAAAUCUUUUAAAGCCCUUGCUAUCUAACAUAAGAUCAUCAAGUUCAACGACGCGCCUAGGUUCCCUCCUAACUUUUAAGUCCAUUGCUUACAGGAGCCGUGAUCCGGAAAUUUCUACAAAAAUCUGUGAAGAGAUUCUCAAUCUUUUAGAACAUGGAAAAACACAUUCUGCGGAUCAGAGGGCCAGCUAUGCCGAGAUGCUCGCUGCUAUUACAAUACCCAAAGAUUCUAUCUCGAAACUUUGUGUAUCUCUUGCUCUCCUCGCAGCUAAGGAGACCAAUGAAACUGCACUUUCAUCGGACACUUCAUCUCUUCUUCUUCUCCUCACUCAGAGCGUCAAUCAUGGUUUGAAUGUUGAUCAUAGAAUUUCUGAGUCGUUUCUAAAGGGUAUUUCUGAUAAAAGAUCUGCCACUAGAAGAGUUUGGUCAAUAUGUCUCGGCGAGCUUUACUGGGAAGCAGCACCAGCUGCACUCACCUCCAAUUUGUCUUCUCUAACAGAUAUUGUUUUUCCGCAGCUAUAUGCGACAUGGGACAGUAUUAUUUCAAAUUCUGUUGUGGCAUCACAAUUGGAGCAUGUAACUUGUGCACAUAUUUUCACUGCUAUAUCCAGAUCUAAGCUGGCUGAAUCUAGUCCCGAGAUUAAGUCAAAGAUUCAACAAGCAAAAAUUCCUCAAAAAGUCUUAGCCAUAGAACCCAAGCCAUCAUUUCUCAUGAAUCCCCGUGUCUAUGGUAAGCUUACAAGUGAUGAUGAAUGUAAAUGGUUUAUCAGGGCUCUUGUUUCUCAUGCAGAUGAUCUCAUCUCGAUAGAAGCAGAAUCACCAAUCUCAGUCUCAUGGUCACAAGCGUUUAUAUACUGUAUCUGCUCAUCAGCUUUUAAAUUCAAUUUACGGAAGGAUGCAGCACAUGAAUUAUCAAAAAUAUACUUACUCAAUCCUUGUCAUAUAUCCAAGUUAAUAAUUACUGGUAUCUGGCGAUGGAUUCUAUCUACUGAGUCCAAAGAAAAAGAUUCUGCUGCUAUGAUUUCUCGGACGGGAAAUCAUAACCUCCACUAUGUUGUUAGGUCCAUUUGUCCUAUCUUUCAAGCCAGCCACCUUGAGAGAACUAAGGUGAGUGAACCGACACGCAGACAACAGAUGAUCUCAUUACUGGUUCUUUCAAGGCCAGAAAUUAUACCUGGAAUAAGUUGGAUAGAUCUAUGCUUAAGGACCGGUGUAGAUCCAGGUGAAUUAGCUCUUAACUUCACUGAUGAAUUAAUGUUCGAAAUUAUGAAACAUACUGAUGCAAACGAAAAGACUAACGUGAUGCCUCCUGCAUUUGUAAAAGAAGCUGCAUAUAGUGCAGCAGCCGAAUUAGCGUUUAUUGCACCUGAAAAGAUGACAAAUGUAAUUAUGAAACUUGUACAACAAGAUCUGGAUACAAAGUCGCUCUCAAAUAUCGGUCCAACCGAGGCGGCAAUCUUUCGUACCGAAGAAGGAAAUGUAUUCGUCGAUGUUAUUGCUUCUAAUUCUAAAUCUUACUACCCAAACAAGAACGUGAAAGACUACGAUAUUUUAAAAUGGGAAGAUGAAGUCAGAGCUCAACUAUCCCAAAAGUUUGCACAAAAAAAGAAGCUCACUCCCGAAGAAAAGUUAAAAGUUAAUGACCAAAUCAAGAAAGAGGCUAGGAUCCGGCAAGAAGUUCGUAUUAUCGAAGCUAAGAUCUUACGGGGUUCGGGGAUUAUCCGAAAUCUUGUGAAUGGGCCUCCGACUGAACCGAGUCUCUGGAUUAGAACUGCAGUUAAAUCUCUCCUAGAUGUCAUGAAAUCAGGCUCUAGCCUCAUAACGGGUAGCGUUACUUCCGAAGUUUACAUUUCUUGUGCUCAAAAGCUUCCAAAUCGCAUUGGUGGACUUGGUCUUUUUAUAGGUAUUGCAAGCCUGAGAGCUUUAAAUAUCCAACAGCUACCUGAAAAUCUGAUCCAAGAACCACUCGGACCUCUGAUAACCAGGGUCUUGUAUAGACUACGAUUUUCGGGGGAGCAAAGACCUUUCGAUAAUGUAUCGUUAAUAUAUAUUCUACCAUUGAUCCUUUUAGUUCUUCAGAACGGUGGAUUUGGUGAGAGCGAUGAUGCUGAUGCUCAAGUCGUUCUAUGCUUAGAGUUUCUUUCUUUUCAUACAGAUUCAUGCGCGGAUAUAGCUGUUCCACGAGAAGAUGUACUAUCUGUUUUGAUAACAUCUAUGCAGAUAUAUAACCAGCACUACAAAAUUCUUAAAGACUGUUUGGCAGAUUUCUGCAGGUGCAUUGCACCAAAUAUUACAAGGUCCGAAAUAAAUAUACUUUUACGUGGCUCUAUCGUUACACAAACUCCUGUUCGGACUGCGGUAUUACAGUCUAUUAGUGCUGAUAUUGAUCUGACUGAAUUUGAAUUUUCUGAUGAGAUUUGGCUUGCAUGUCAUGAUGAUAAGGAGGAAAAUGCUAGGUUGGGUCGUGAGAUAUGGGAUGAAAAUGGAUUUGAGCUUACGGAAAUUUUACCUUCCAAAAUGCUCCCUUACCUAGGAGAAAAAGAUAUCCAAAUUCGAAGAGCAGCUUCCAAAGCACUGUCGGAAGCUAUAAGGUUUCAGCCACACACAUUUUCAAUAAUUCUAGAAAACUUGAAAUCUUCCUAUCAAGACCUGGCUAUGCCACUUUCACCCCAGCUUGAUGAAUAUGGUAUGCCCAAAAAAUUAGAUCACUCUGAUUUCUGGGAGCCUAGGCAUGGUGUAGCCCUUGCAAUGAAAGAGAUAGCUACAAUUUUUGAUGACAAAUUGUUAGACUCCUUUAUCUACUUUUUGAUUGAAGCAGGGCCUCUCGGCGAAAAAAAUCCCAAGGUUAGAGAAGAAAUGAUAGAAGCGGGAAUAUCAAUUAUUACUUUACAAGGAAAAAGCAACGUCGAAGGUCUUAUGAAGACGUUAGAGCAAACCAUAGUCGCCCCAGAUAAAGGUUCUGAAUCUGCCGAUCGUGUUAAUGAGGCUGUGAUAAUAAUGUACGGCGCUUUAGCUCGUCAUUUAAAGGUCGGGGAUCCUAGAAUAUUAAAGGUGGUCAAUCGUUUGCUUGAAACACUGGGCACCCCAUCUGAAGUGGUGCAGUAUGCAGUGGCGGAAUGCCUCCCUCCACUAGUCCGUGCUUCUAUUGAUAAUACAUCGGAGUACGUUCAAUAUGUUCUAGAUCGACUUUUUAAUUCUAAGAACUAUGCUGGGCGACGUGGCGCUGCAUACGGACUUGCAGGUGUAGUUCAGGGAAAGGGAAUAUCUGCUCUUAGGGAAUACCGAAUAAUGUCAACUUUGAAGACCGGUAUGGAGAAUAAGAAAAUUUCAAGUCAUCGCGAAGGCUCACUAUUAGCUUAUGAACUUCUCUCGUCAAUACUUUGCCGAGUUUUUGAGCCCUAUGUAAUUCAGAUAGUUCCUCAACUUCUUGCGGGUUUUGGGGAUAUCAGCACUGAUGUUCGAGAUAGCUGUCUUGCGGCAGCAAAGGCUUGCUUUGCACAAUUAAGUUCCUUUGGAGUUAAGCGUAUAUUGCCGACUUUGUUAGAGGGUCUUGACGAUUCACAAUGGCGAAUAAAAAAAGGUGCCUGUGAUCUUCUGGGAGCAAUGGCUUUUCUUGAUCCGCAGCAACUUGCCAAAAGUUUACCUGAGAUUAUUCCAUCAUUAACUGGCGUUCUCAAUGACAGCCAUAAAGAGGUGCGGACCGCAGCUAAUCGAAGUCUCAAACGGUUUGGGGAAGUUAUCAACAACCCAGAAAUUAAGAGUCUCGUUGAAAUACUUCUAAAAGCACUCAGCGACCCAACAAAAUAUACUGACAAUGCACUAGACUCGUUAAUUAAAGUAUCUUUCGUUCAUUAUCUCGAUGCUCCUUCGUUAGCUCUAGUUGUCCGAAUCUUAGAAAGAGGAUUAGGAGACCGAUCGGCCACAAAAAGAAAGUCAGCUCAGGUAAUUGGAAGUCUUGCUCAUCUUACAGAACGCAAAGAUCUUGUAGCUCACCUACCAAUUCUCGUCGCUGGUCUUAAAAUAGCAAUUGUUGACCCGGUGCCAACAACUAGAGCCACUGCUUCAAAAGCUCUUGGAUCUUUAACUGAAAAGCUUGGCGAAGAUGUUCUUCCAGACCUUAUUCCUAGCUUGAUGCAAACACUUAGAUCUGAUACUGGAGCUGGAGAUCGUUUAGGAUCAGCGCAAGCUCUUUCAGAAGUACUUGCGGGACUGGGGACCACUCGCCUCGAUGAAACCUUGCCUACAAUAUUACAGAACGCUUCUUCCUCAAAGCCCGAAAUACGAGAGGGUUUUAUUUCCCUGUUUAUAUUCCUUCCAGUAUGUUUUGGAAACAGCUUUGCGAACUAUCUUACCAAAGUUAUUCCAGUCAUACUGCAAGGUCUUGCUGAUGAAGUUGAAUCAAUACGCGAGACUUCUCUUCGUGCAGGACGCCUUCUUGUAAAAAACUUUUCAACAAGAUCGAUAGAACUUCUCUUGCCUGAGCUAGAAAGAGGGCUCUUCGAUGACAAUUAUAGAAUUCGUCUUAGCUCCACCGAGCUAAUCGGCGACCUAUUAUUUAAUUUAACUGGGAUUAAAGUCGAGACAGAGCAGGAUGACGAAGAUACGUACGAAGCAGUUGCAGCGUCUGCUUCUUUACUCGCAAUUCUAGGUGAGGAAAAAAGAAACAAAGUCCUGUCCGCGUUAUAUAUAUGUCGCUGUGAUACUAGUGGCUUAGUUCGCACUGCUGCAGUGCGUGUAUGGAAGGCUCUUGUCGCAAACCCGAGAACUUUGAAGGAACUUAUUCCCACGUUAACAAAGCUUAUCGUGGACCGUCUUGGAUCUUCGCCUGAGCAAAAGGAAAUUGCAGGAAACGCGCUAUCAGAACUAGUGCGUAAGGCAGGUGAUGGAGUUUUAUCAAGCCUACUUCCUGUACUCGAAGAAGGGUUAAGGUCAACUGAUGCAGAUGCUAAACAAGGUAUCUGUAUCGCACUCAGAGAAUUAAUCGGGAGUGCUUCUCCUGAGGCCUUGGAAGAUCAUGAAAAGACACUAAUUUCAGUUGUUCGUAUUGCUCUAAUCGAUCCAAAUAGCGCCGUUCGUGAGUCUGCUGCAGAAGCCUUCGACUCAUUGCAGCAAAUACUUGGAAAACGUGCCGUCGAUCAAGUACUACCUUAUCUAUUGAGUUUACUUAGAACAGACUCCGAUGCAGAAAAUGCGUUAGCUGCGCUUCUAACGCUACUAACUGAGACAACAAGAUCCUCAAUCAUCUUACCAAAUCUCAUUCCAACUCUCGUGGCCAUACCCAUCUCCUCAUUUAACGCCAAGGCAUUGGCGUCUCUUUCUAUGGUUUCUGGAUCUGCUUUGACGCGGAAACUACCCAUUAUCUUACAUGCUCUCGUUGAUAGUAUAGUAUCUUGCCAGGACGAAGAAAUCCUUUUAGAUCUCGAGGCUUCUCUUGACGCAGUUAUUCUUUCCAUUGAUGAGUUUGACGGGCUCAAUACAGCAAUGAGUGUUAUUUUAGCUUUGGUUAAGCAUGAGGACUAUCGAAAAAGAGCUACAAUAGACCAGCAUCUUGCCAAGUUUUUUGCCUCAGCUACAAUUGAUUACUCGAGGUACAACCAGGAAAUCUUAAGAGCGCUUCUAAAUUCCUUUGACGAUAGGGAUCACAAUGUUGUGAAAGCUGCCUGGGAUGCACUCAACGAAUUUACAAAGCGUCUACGGAAAGAGGAAAUGGAGAUGCUUGUAAUAUCAACGCGACAAACACUCAAAUGCGUUGGCGUGCCUGGAGUAGAUCUUCCAGGUUUUAGUUUACCAAAAGGAAUUAAUGCCAUACUCCCAAUUUUUCUCCAGGGACUAGUGAAUGGUUCCAUAGAACAAAGAGUUCAGUCAGCGUUAGCAAUUUCAGACGUCAUCGAGAGAACAAACGGAGAUUCCCUGAAGCCGUUUGUUGCACAGAUUACUGGACCGCUUAUAAGAGUCGUGUCAGAGCGCUCGGUUGAGGUAAAAAGUUCAAUCUUAUUUACUUUGAACAACCUGCUAGAAAAGAUUCCGGCUUUAUUAAAGCCCUUUUUACCACAACUACAACGAACUUUUGCAAAGUGUCUAGCCGAUACUUCAAGUGAAAUACUAAGGAAUAGAGCAGCCCUUGCGUUGGGGACUCUAAUAAGGCUUGUUCCACGUAUCGAUCCUUUAAUUGCAGAAAUAUGUAUUGGUGCAAGAUCUAAUCACGCUGGUGUCAAAUGUGCUAUGUUGAAAGCACUUAAUGAGAUUAUCAGAAAAUCCGGCGCGAACAUGAACGAAAGUUCACGGGCGGCUAUUCUAUGUAUUAUUGACACCGAUUUUGAGGACUCAGACUUAUCCAUCACCAUUAUCAUAGCGAAACUAAUUGGGGUUAUUAUUCGAUUCUUGCCGCAUGAAACUGCCGCAAAUCUUAUUAAGAACCGCAUUUUAAGCGCUCAGAUUAGCUCUUCAUCUAUACUAGCACUAAAUGCUUCUCUAUCCGAGUCGCCUUCCUCGUUAAUGAUAAACAAUUUUGGUAAUGAUAUUUUACCUGCUAUUCACAAGGGCAUUGAAAGUAAGAAUAAUUUUAUAUCAGAUAACAGUGUUAUAGCAGCUGGCAAGUAUCUGCUAUCCGAGAUCAGAAGCAAUGAUUUCGAAUCCCUAAAAGCAACUUUCAAGUCACUCGCAAAUGUUAUUCAACCUGGAACCGCAGCAGAUACCCGUCGUCUAGCUCUCGUAGUUAUUCGUACAGUUUGUCGACAUCACCUUAACAUUGUCCGACCUCACCUAUCUCUAUUGGCGAUUCCUGUCUUCGCCAAUGUUAGGGACCCUGUAAUACCAAUAAAACUUGCUGCUGAGGCAGCUUUUAUGGCUCUUUUUAGUGUUGUUAAUGACGAAAGUAAAAUAUUUGAUAAGUUUAUUUCCUCACAAGAACUGCCACUUAAUCAAAAAAAUAUAAUGCAAGAUUAUUUUAAAAGGGUUGCCCUUAGAUUAGCCAACACAGCUAGGGAACGAAGAGACGCUGAAGGGGGUGAGAACAGUCUUGGCCUUUCAAAUGACGAAUUGGACGAUGAGAGAGAAAUUUGGAGUAUUGGAAAAGUUGAGCUUGGUGGGGAAAGCAUCGAUCAUUGA